CCACUACCACUAACCCUUUUCCUCUUAUGCAUUAUCAUCUUCUUCUUCCAUUGCUGCAUGUGCAAUGACUCAUCAUCAACAACAACCCUUCAAACCCUUAAGCCCAUCCUCCCAAACACAAGCUCAGGCCCAGGCCCAUCUCAUCCAUCAACAGCAACAAUCCCUGCAUUCCCUGAACAAUCUGAUGUCAAAGGUUGCCCAUUGACACUCUCAGAUGAACUCUUUGACGGUAUAAAGAAUGCUUGUGGAGGCGGUGGUGAUAGUGGUUCUGACAUGAAGCUCCACCGCACACGGUGCUGCCCUGUUCUUGCAUCAUGGUUAUACUCUGCAUAUUCUUCCACUGCAUUAACCCAUAGCCAUACCCACACAUCAUCAUUGUCAUAUGAGAUGCCAUUGUUACCAGAUGACUCAGAAACAUGUGUGAAUGACUUAGAGAAUGCACUGAAAGUGAGAGGGAUUCAGCUGAAAAGACCCAAUGAGACAUGUGAUGUUGUGUUCUGCUUCUGUGGGAUAAGGCUUCACCCU